UGUGUAUAAAUUGUCCAUGUUUAGUGUGUGCUGUGUUUACAAUAUAAAUAAUUAUUUAUGAAGAAGAAAAAACAUAACCGAUGGGGGGUUAUGGAUUCAGUUGCGAGAGUUGAGUAGCGUCGUGGUGUCUCUUUAAAGCCAUAUUGAUUUUUUAUAAAAUAAAAUGAUAAUUUACUUGGUGGUGGUGGUCGUCUAAGGUGUGGUUGGUAUUGGUCGUGUUGGUUCAUGACCUGAUGAAUGCUUUUAAGUUGUAGUUGCUAGUAAUAACUAGUCACAUAUAUGUGUACCUGCAUCAGCUAAAGCUUAAACAUCUCAUGAGUUACAACUUACUGGAGAUCGGUGAUAAAAAAUAAUUAAAAAUAAUGGAUACGCUGUUUAAAAAAUUAAUAAGUCAUAUAUAACUGGACGAAGACUAACCAACAAAUGUUAUUUCAGUGUUAGGUUAGUCUUAUGUUUGUGCAUUUGGUUUUACAAAUUAUGCUCCUCAUGCUGAAUUUUAGCAUCACUGCUUCGAGUGACAUACGCUUGCAGUACAUUUAAUUUCUGUACUAAUGUCUUGAGGUACCAGUUAACAAAACUUGUAAAGUGAUUAGUUUAAAAUGCUAACGUAGUUGUUGAUUAUUUAAUAAUAAAUUACUAUAAUUAUUAUAAAAUAUGUAUACUAAGUAAUUUGAGCUGCAAGCCAAAAAUUAUUAAGGAAAAAAAAUUUUGAAAAUGAUGAGUAGUUGGACUGAAAGAAUGCACAGGAGGGCAGCUACCCUUGGCAAUGUUGUCACCAGCUGUGGACAUCCUUCUUCUGUACCACCCUAUCCUAGAAGACUUGAAAAAGUUAAAUUUGGUGUACCACUAGAUGAAGUUUGUAAAAAUGAUAUUCCUGGUCCAUUAUUGGUUCUUAUUUUAAAACUUAACAAAGAAGCACCGUUGAGAAAAGAUGUGUUCAGAGCGCCAGGUCAUCAGGGUAACAUGAAAAAACUUAUUCAUUUCCUCCAAACUGGACGUUUAGUUAACAUGGACAACUUUAGUGUCUAUACAAUAGCCAGUGUAUUGAAAAAAUUUCUUAGAAAAAUACCUGGAGGGGUGUUUGGUCGAGAAGGAGAACAACAAUUAUUUACGGUUAUUCAACUUGACAGUAUGGAACAACAGAGGGACCAGAUCCAUAAAUUAAUUACAUCAUUGCCCAUUUACACCCAACGCUUAUUAGUAUUACUUUUCGGAACAUUUAGAGUAGUUGCUGUCAAUAGCGAACGAGCUCGUACAGGAAUGUCUAGUGAAGCACUGGGUGUAUCUGUCGCACCCUCAUUCUUUCAAAGUUGUGUCAGUGAUGGGAAAACAGCUAAAAUGGAGGACGUACUGAGAUUCAAGGCGGAGAUAUCAGUAGCGACUCGUGUGAUGAAAUUUAUGAUUGAUAAUUUUGGAGUAUCGAAUUUAUUUGGUCGUGAAAAUUACGAGUUUUAUGCUCGAAUUACUGGCCGAAUACUAAAAGUUGAAGAAGACUGGAUAUUUAGUUUCCGUUACCCACCAAAUACUCUUGUAUCUAGACAAUUAUCUCUCGAAGCAGAAAAGACGUGGCUGCAAUAUGAAUGUGAGCGAUGGGGACUCAAGUUCAAUUUGGAAUCUAUGUCGCAUCAAGAGGAAUCGCAAUCGACACCAGCUUUGAUUCACGUUCCAGAGUCUUUAGAUCUUACGUCAUCAUUAGGAAUGAUUCCCGAGAAUACUUUACUCGAAAGUUAUACAAGACUUUCUGUUAGCUUAGAAGAAAAUGGAUUGUUUCAUGCAUCAAGUAGAUCAUCAAGUAACGCUAGUCACCAAUCCCGCCAUGCUGCGAUGACUUUAGAUGAAUUAAGAGCCGUUAAUAGAUACGCUGAAAGUACUAAGAGUCUCAGCUACUUGCCACAGGUGCACGAGAGGCAAACGGCUCGUAUGCGCACGAGGUCUGAAUGGUUUUUGACGCCUGUUGGUGAAAGACUUGCAGGAACAGACAGUGAUCCUACAGCCAUACACAUUCUCAGAGGAUCCAAUCGAUCAUCCUCUGAUAAUAUUGCUACAGGUUUAAGUGCAAGUGCCGAAUCGGUAAAACGUCCAAGUUUACGAAGAACUGCCUCCCGAGAAAAGUCACGUAUUCAUCGAAGCUCCUCACGUCGUCACAAAGAAAAUGGAGCGAAAAAUCGUGUGUCUGUUGAUGCUUGCAAGUCGCGUUCGAUGGAAACAAUGAAAAUGAAAAGAGUGUCGCUCGAACCAGCUGAAAAAAUACCAAAAAAUAAAAGUGAUGAAUUAUUAAAUGAUGACACGUUAUAUUCACGUGAAUUUAUAACUGAAAAGACAGCAGAUAUUUCAAUUGGACCACAAGAUUGCACUGAAAUGGAUGUACAAACAUUUCACGUAACUCUGACAUACAAACCAAGAAUAUGA